GGGCCGGCCGCGAGAGGAAGGGAGUGGUUGCGAGCCGGGCUGCGGCAGCUUCGGGGCUCCUCAGCCGCGGCACGCAGUCCCCGUCUUGCGCCUCGGCCGCCUCCGUCCUCGCCGAGGAAAGAUGCCCUUCAGCCGGGGCUGUGGAGAAGCGGGGGAAGGAGCCGCCCGCGCCGCCGCCGCCCGUGGCCUUUGAAUUCGGACGCGCACCCCCUCCUCCCCCGCCAGGGGCGUCGGGCGUCUCCGGCGCGGCGGCCGCGCUGUGGGGGGAGACCCGGCUCUCUCCGGCCGGCGCGGCGCGGCCCACGGGUGACCACCGACAUGGAGCGGGCUCGGGCGGCCAAGUAGCCGCUGCUCCGGGAGCCCGGGGUCGGGGGCCGCCCGCAGCCCGCCUUCCCACCCCCGGGCGCGACGCGGCUCAGGCCCCUGCGAGCAGCCGGGAGGAAAAUGACGAGUUUUCCCCGGAAUCCGUUGGAAAAGGGACUCCCUGCACAGCCUUAAGAAAGACAGAGCGCGGGAGGAGAAAGGAAAAGCCGCCUCCGGGCCGGACUUGGCGCGCCCCGAGCCCAGCGGCUGCUUCGGGGACCUCGCUCCCCUCCCUUCCCGCAGGAGCGGUCGCCGCUGAUGCGUUAUCCAAGUGGCGGCUGGAAGGACUUGCAGCAGGAUUUUUUGGUUUUCCCUCCCCCUUCUAUACGUUCUCUCUCUGUUUUUUUUCCCUCCGUUUUCUGUUUUUCUUCUUCCCUGGAAGUGAAUUGCUGAUGCAAAUCGGACUUUAUUCAUUCCUGAUGCAACCGGAUUCGUUUCAGGAUUAGGUUGCACGAGCUGAAGUUUGAAUGAAGGAGAAGAGUUGUUUUUUGUUUUUUUCUUUAAAAGAAGUGUUGACUCUUUAGUUGUACUUUUAAUUAUUUUAUUUAAAUAUACGAUUUAAUUGUAUUAUUCUUUAAAAACUGUAUUAAGUAUAUAUUUUAUGGCAACUCACCCUCCAGAUAUAUGUAUAUGGGUGAAAUUGACGCUUCAGUGACAGUGAGGUGACUGGUGUGUUGGAUGUUUCAUUCAGCACCGGCACUGCCUGGCAGUUGUUUGAAUAACAAGUGGUUUGUUUUUAAAACCACACCUUUUAGAAUUUAGGGUCAAGUAGUAGUAGUAAAAGUCGUAGUAAUAAUUUAAAGGAAAAGCAGCAGACACUGAAGCCAACAUGUCUGGAGAAGUGCGUCUGAGGCAGUUGGAGCAGCUUAUUUUGGACGGGCCCGCUCAGACCCAUGGGCAGUGCUUCAGUGUGGAGACCUUACUGGAUAUACUCGUCUGCCUGUAUGAUGAAUGCAAUAAUUCUCCACUGAGAAGAGAGAAGAACAUCCUUGAAUACCUAGAAUGGGCUAAACCGUUUACUUCUAAAGUGAAACAAAUGCGAUUACAUAGAGAAGACUUUGAAAUAUUAAAGGUGAUUGGUCGAGGAGCUUUUGGGGAGGUUGCUGUAGUAAAACUAAAAAAUGCAGAUAAGGUAUUUGCCAUGAAAAUAUUGAAUAAAUGGGAAAUGCUGAAGAGAGCUGAGACAGCAUGUUUUCGUGAAGAAAGGGAUGUAUUAGUGAAUGGAGACAAUAAAUGGAUUACAACUUUGCACUAUGCUUUCCAGGAUGACAAUAACUUAUACCUGGUUAUGGAUUAUUAUGUUGGUGGGGAUUUGCUUACUCUGCUCAGCAAAUUUGAAGAUAGAUUGCCUGAGGAUAUGGCUCGAUUUUACUUGGCUGAGAUGGUGAUAGCAAUUGACUCAGUUCAUCAGCUACAUUAUGUACACAGAGACAUUAAACCUGACAAUAUAUUGAUGGAUAUGAAUGGACAUAUUCGGUUAGCAGAUUUUGGUUCUUGUCUGAAGCUGAUGGAAGAUGGAACGGUCCAAUCCUCUGUGGCUGUUGGAACCCCAGAUUAUAUCUCUCCUGAAAUCCUUCAAGCCAUGGAAGAUGGAAAAGGCAGAUAUGGACCUGAGUGUGACUGGUGGUCUUUGGGGGUCUGUAUGUAUGAAAUGCUUUAUGGAGAAACACCAUUUUAUGCAGAAUCUCUGGUGGAGACAUAUGGAAAAAUCAUGAAUCACAAAGAGAGGUUUCAGUUUCCAGCCCAUGUAACUGAUGUGUCUGAAAACGCUAAGGAUCUUAUUAGAAGGCUCAUUUGUAGUAGAGAACAUAGACUUGGUCAAAAUGGAAUAGAAGACUUCAAGAAACAUCCAUUUUUCAGUGGAAUUGAUUGGGAUAAUAUUCGAAACUGUGAAGCACCUUAUAUUCCAGAAGUUAGUAGCCCAACAGAUACGUCAAAUUUUGAUGUGGAUGAUGAUUGUUUAAAAAAUACUGAAACGAUGCCCCCACCAACACAUACUGCAUUUUCUGGCCAUCAUCUGCCAUUUGUUGGUUUUACAUAUACUAGUAGCUGUGUUCUUUCUGAUCGGAGCUGUUUAAGAGUUACAGCUGGUCCCGCCUCACUGGAUCUUGAUGUUAAUGUUCAGAGGACUCUAGAUAACAACUUAGCAACCGAAGCUUAUGAAAGAAGAAUUAAGCGCCUUGAACAGGAAAAACUUGAACUUAGUAGAAAACUUCAAGAGUCAACACAGACUGUCCAAGCUCUUCAGUAUUCAACUGUUGAUGGUCCACUAACAGCAAGCAAAGAUUUAGAAAUAAAAAACUUAAAGGAAGAAAUUGAAAGACUAAGGGAACAAGUAACAGCAUUGAGUCAUUUGGAACAGCAACUUGAAGAAGCUAAUUCUGUGAGGCGAGAACUAGAUGAUGCUUUUAGACAAAUCAAGGCUUAUGAAAAGCAAAUCAGAACGUUACAACAAGAAAGGGAAGACCUAAAUAAGGAACUAGUCCAGGCUAGUGAGCGAUUAAAAAACCAAUCCAAAGAGCUGAAAGACGCACACUGUCAGAGGAAACUGGCCAUGCAGGAGUUCAUGGAGAUCAAUGAGCGGCUAACAGAAUUGCACACCCAAAAACAGAAACUUGCUCGCCAUGUCCGAGAUAAGGAAGAAGAGGCGGACCUGGUGAUGCAAAAAGUUGAGAGCUUAAGGCAAGAGCUGCGCAGAACAGAAAGAGCCAGAAAAGAGCUGGAAGUUCAUACAGAAACUCUAGCUGCUGAAGCAUCUAAGGACAGGAAACUGCGUGAACAGAGCGAACACUAUUCUAAGCAACUAGAAAAUGAAUUGGAGGGACUGAAGCAAAAACAAAUUAGUUACUCACCAGGGGUAUGCAGCAUAGAGCACCAGCAAGAGAUAACCAAACUAAAGACUGACUUGGAAAAGAAAAGCAUCUUUUAUGAAGAAGAAUUAUCUAAAAGAGAAGGAAUACAUGCAAAUGAAAUAAAAAAUCUGAAGAAAGAACUGCACGAUUCAGAAGGCCAGCAACUUGCUCUAAACAAAGAGAUUAUGAUUUUAAAAGACAAAUUGGAAAAAACGAGGAGAGAAAGUCAAAGUGAAAGGGAAGAAUUUGAAAAUGAGUUCAAACAACAGUAUGAACGAGAAAAAGUGUUGUUAACUGAAGAAAAUAAAAAGCUGACAAGUGAACUUGAUAAGCUUACCACUUUGUAUGAGAACUUAAGUUUGCACAACCAGCAGUUAGAAGAAGAGGUAAAAGAUCUAGCAGACAAGAAAGAAUCAGUUGCACAUUGGGAAGCCCAAAUCACAGAAAUCAUUCAGUGGGUCAGUGAUGAAAAGGAUGCGCGAGGGUAUCUUCAGGCCUUAGCUUCUAAAAUGACUGAAGAAUUGGAAGCAUUAAGAAAUUCCAGCUUGGGUACACGAGCAACAGAUAUGCCCUGGAAGAUGCGUCGUUUUGCAAAACUGGAUAUGUCAGCUAGACUGGAGCUGCAGUCAGCUCUGGAUGCAGAAAUAAGAGCCAAACAGGCGAUCCAGGAAGAACUGAAUAAAGUUAAGGCGUCUAACAUAAUAACAGAAUGUAAACUAAAAGAUUCAGAGAAGAAGAACUUGGAACUACUGUCAGAAAUUGAACAACUGAUAAAGGACACCGAAGAGCUUAGAUCUGAAAAGGGUAUAGAGCACCAAGACUCACAGCACUCUUUCUUGGCAUUUUUGAAUACGCCUACCGAUGCUCUGGAUCAAUUUGAAGAUUCCUUUUCUUCUUCCUCAUCUUCACUGAUUGAUUUUUUGGAUGACCGCUCUCCAUCCUGUACACCAGCUAGCAAAGGCAGACGUAUUGUAGACUGUACUCCACUUCCAGUUCACACACCAACCUUAAGGAAAAAGGGGUGUCCUGGUUCAACUGGCUUUCCACCUAAGCGCAAGACUCAUCAGUUUUUUGUAAAAUCUUUUACUACUCCUACCAAAUGUCAUCAGUGUACCUCCUUGAUGGUGGGUUUGAUAAGACAGGGCUGUUCAUGUGAAGUGUGUGGAUUCUCAUGUCAUAUAACAUGUGUAAACAAAGCUCCAACUGCUUGUCCAGUUCCUCCUGAGCAGACAAAAGGUCCCCUGGGUAUAGAUCCACAGAAGGGGAUAGGAACAGCCUAUGAAGGUCAUGUCAGGAUUCCUAAGCCAGCUGGUGUGAAGAAAGGGUGGCAAAGAGCACUGGCUGUAGUCUGUGACUUCAAACUCUUUCUGUACGACAUUGCUGAAGGAAAAGCUUCUCAGCCCAGUGUGGUCAUCAGCCAGGUGAUUGACAUGAGGGAUGAAGAAUUUUCCGUGAGUUCAGUCUUGGCUUCUGAUGUUAUUCAUGCAAGUCGAAAAGAUAUACCCUGUAUAUUUAGAGUCACCGCUUCCCAGCUUUCAGCAUCUAGUAGCAAAUGCUCCAUCCUGAUGCUAGCAGAUAGUGAGAACGAGAAGAGUAAGUGGGUAGGAGUGCUGAGUGAAUUGCACAAGAUUUUGAAGAAAAACAAGUUCAGAGAUCGCUCCGUCUAUGUUCCCAAAGAGGCUUAUGACAGCACUCUACCCCUCAUUAAAACAACCCAGGCAGCUGCAAUCAUAGAUCAUGAAAGGAUAGCAUUGGGAAAUGAAGAAGGGUUAUUUGUUGUGCAUGUCACCAAAGAUGAAAUUAUUAGAGUUGGAGACAAUAAGAAGAUUCAUCAGGUUGAACUCAUUCCAAAUGAUCAGCUUGUCGCUGUGAUCUCAGGACGAAAUCGUCAUGUACGACUUUUUCCCAUGUCAGCUUUGGACGGGCGAGAGACAGAUUUUUACAAGCUGGCAGAGACUAAAGGGUGUCAAACCAUAACCUCUGGAAGGGUGCACCAUGGAGCUGUCACGUGCCUGUGUGUGGCUAUGAAAAGGCAGGUCCUCUGUUAUGAACUAUUUCAGAGCAAGACUCGUCACAGGAAAUUUAAGGAAAUUCAAGUCCCGUAUAAUGUCCAGUGGAUGGCAAUCUUCAGUGAACAACUCUGUGUGGGAUUCCAGUCAGGAUUUCUGAGAUACCCCCUGAAUGGAGAAGGAAGUCCAUACAGUCUGCUCCAUUCCAGUGACCACACACUAUCAUUUAUUGCACAUCAGCCAAUGGAUGCCAUCUGCGCAGUUGAGAUCUCCAGUAAAGAGUACCUGCUGUGUUUUAACAGCAUUGGGAUAUACACUGACUGCCAGGGCCGAAGAUCUAGACAACAAGAACUGAUGUGGCCAGCAAAUCCCUCCUCUUGUUGUUACAACGCCCCAUAUCUCUCAGUGUAUAGUGAGAAUGCGGUCGAUGUCUUCGAUGUGAACUCCAUGGAAUGGAUUCAGACUCUUCCUCUCAAAAAGGUUCGACCCUUAAACAGUGAAGGAUCAUUAAAUCUUUUAGGGUUGGAGACAAUUAGAUUAAUAUAUUUCAAAAAUAAAAUGGCAGAAGGGGACGAACUGGUAGUUCCUGAAACAUCAGAUAAUAGUCGGAAACAGAUGGUUAGAAAUAUCAACAAUAAGCGGCGUUAUUCAUUCAGAGUCCCAGAAGAGGAAAGGCUGCAACAGAGGAGGGAGAUGCUACGAGAUCCAGAAAUGAGAAAUAAAUUAAUUUCUAACCCAACUAAUUUUAACCACAUAGCACACAUGGGUCCUGGAGAUGGAAUACAGAUCCUGAAAGACCUGCCCAUGCCAGGUUUCCCUUAUCCAUCCCCUCAUCACCACCCUGGUCUGAUCUCCUCUCCGAUCAACUUUGAGCACAUCUAUCACAUGACUGUUAAUUCUGCUGAAAAAUUUCUCUCUCCUGAUUCCAUAAAUCCUGAAUAUUCCCCGUCUCUGCGCUCUGUCCCUGGUACACCAAGCUUUAUGACUCUGAGGAACCCUCGGCCUCAGGAAAGUCGGACAGUAUUCAGUGGCUCAGUCAGUAUUCCAUCUAUCACCAAAUCCCGCCCUGAACCAGGUCGCUCCAUGAGCGCCAGCAGUGGCCUGUCAGCAAGGUCAUCCACACAGAAUGGCAGCGCGUUAAAGAGGGAGUUCUCGGGAGGAAGCUACAGUGCAAAGCGGCAGCCUCUGCCCUCCCCGUCAGAGGGCUCUUUGUCUUCGGGGGGCAUGGACCAAGGAAGCGAUGCCCCGGCCAGGGACUAUGAUGGAGAGGACUCUGAUUCUCCAAGACAUUCCACAGCUUCCAACAGUUCCAACCUGAGCAGCCCCCCAAGCCCAGUUUCACCCCGAAAGACCAAGAGCCUCUCUCUGGAGAGCACCGACCGCGGGAGCUGGGACCCGUGAGCCUCAAGAGCACUGGGCCCCCGCGCGGGUGGCUUGUGCUCAGCUCCCUUCCACUCACCUCUUCCCUCGCUGUCACUCGUCCCUCCACCUGGGCCUGAAUGUGACCAGAGGCUGGCAGCAGUAGCAGGGUAGGGACUCCAGAGUUCUCGCAAUGUGACUUGCAGGUCCACGCCCCUCGCCUAACGGUGAUGACAAAGGCAGACUUCCAUUAAGCAGCUUAGACGAAUGUUGAUUUCAUUCUAUACACUAGCAUUGCUUCAGUAAUACUUCACCCCUCCCCCAAAUGGUAGCUUAAGUAGACAGAUUACACAAUGUAAGUGAUAAGAAUAAGACUAGACAGAUUUUGUUUUCACAGUAGAGUCUCAUUUUAGUCCCAAAGUAGCGCAUGGGAUUCUCCACAUCAGCAGGGGAGAGUCUGUCUCUGGCAUACUGAGCUGUCACCCAGCAGCCACUAGAGUGUCAACCUGAUUGUGGCCAGGAAGUCCUUACAAAUUAAAACAAUGCAUAUUUUACUACAAUACAGAGUUUAAAUAAAUACAUAAAUGUAGAAGUUAAAUACUGAAUGUAUAUAGUCCAAAGAAGCGUCUUGUAUUCAACAAAAGAUAGAUGCGUAUAUAAGAGAAAGAGAUCAUUUAAUUUAAAAAAAAAUGUUUCGUCUGUUUCCCAGCUAAGUAAUGUAAAAGGUAGAAAAGUCUCCAGAUGACAUUCGUAGAGUGGGCGUGAGGGAAAUCAGAGUUCCUGUAGGACCCUGUUCUCAGUCUGCUCGCAGGCUGCAGUCACCUGGGGAGCGUUAGAAACCAUUGCAGAGCCCGGUUCCGUUGGUCUGGAGUGCGACCUGGACACCAGAGUUUUACCGCUUGAAGCCACAUCAGCAACAGCAUGAAAAAGGCAAGCUCACCUCUACCCACGACAUUUCUUUUUCUAGAGGUGGAUUCGCACCACACUUCUAGUUUUUCAUUAUAUUUUGAUAUCUUCUGCAGAUGAAUGUAGAAAUACAGUUCUGUCACCUUCCGAUCCCUUCCAUCUGAAAGGGCACAGGGAGUGUCGUGGCUUCUGAAGGUGCAUUAAAAAGGUUCAGAAAAGUGCUCUUUUCCCCUGGGCUAAUCCUGUCCCUGCCUAAGUUACAGUGAGGUGUCCAUCCUGGGGCUGGAGAUGGCUUCCCAGGGAGGAGUCUUGUUUUGUUGAGGGUGAGUGUGAGCUUCCUCAGAUAAGCCUGGGCAAAAAGGCUUUCAUUACCAAAUAACAUAAACCUCAAAAGCAAGGACUUGAACAGCCUUAACCAAAUAUUCUUCCCCAUACCCAGUGGAAAACGGAUGUAAUUAACCCCAGUACGCAGGCAAGAAGUUAGCCCAGCAUGGCCGUUUUGACUGGAUUUCUCCCUCGGUUGCUGUAUUGUGUUGUUAGGUACAUUUCCGUUUGAAUUCCUGCUGUUUUAAUUGCCGUAAGGAAAUGAGAUACAGAACCAGAAGAACUUACUUCUACAGAGUCAUUUCACCAGUUAAGCACAUGAGUAGAGAAAGAUAAAAAUAAAAAUAUCUCAUGGAAGUAAAGAGAAUCUGCCUCUCUUUUACUUUUCAUCUAAGUUUCUCUGAGAAAUAGAAAAAAGAUUUUCUCCUCUCUUUGAGAUUCAGCUAAAAUGCAGAAAGUUGUCCUGCAGUUGCUAAUCUGGGAUUGCAGUGUCCAAGCCCUGUCAUGUCAGCACUGACAUUGGGGACUUCACCUGCUCGCUGCUGCUGCGGGGAGCUGAGGCCAUGUCCUGGGUGACACUGCUUCAUGGAGAUGUCACUGAGACCCGGUGAGGGGGAAGGAUCCUGAUGGGGGAUUAUAUCAUAGAUGGUCAUAAUAGGAAAUUUAAAAAUGACAGCUUUAACACAUAAAACAUUCUGGAUUCGGUAUUGGCUCAGAUUUGAUUAUAUUUUAUUUUGGAGGGCAUA